GUUACACAUUAUUGAAGAACUAACGCCAGCUUUGGAGAGACACACAAGUCGCACUAAUGCGGUGCCAGUGCACCUUCAAGUUCUCACCGCAAUGCGUUUUUACGCAGUCGGCACGUUCCAAUUACUACAUGGUGAUGAGUGUGGCCUGUCUCAGAGUUCUUUGUCACGGAUAAUAGUUCAAGUGUCAACUGAAAUUGCUCGAUGGCGAAGAAGGUACAUACACUUCCCGAAUACACCUGAACAGGUGGCACGUACUCAAGAAGAAUUUUUCCAAUACUGUGAUUUUCCAGGUGUAGUUGGUGCUAUUGACUGCACCCAUGUGCCUAUCAGAUGCCCUGGUGGAGAAAAUGCACAGAGAUUUAUCAACCGAAAAGGGAGGUUCUCUGUCAACGUCCAGGCAGUAUGCAAUCACAAUGGACUGCUAAUCAACCUCGUUGCUAGGUGGCCAGGAGGAACUCAUGAUUCCAGAAUAUUUAGAGAAUGCCAACUGAAAGAAAAUCUUGAACGAGAAAGUCAUGAAGAAAAAUGGCUUCUUGGCGACAGUGGAUAUCCUUGUCAGCCAUAUCUUAUGACGCCGAUUCAAAAUCCAGCUGGAAGGGGAGAAAUCAGAUAUAAUAGAGCUCAAGUCAGAGGCCGCAAUAUAAUUGAACGAACAUUUGGAAUGAUGAAGAGAAGGUUUCCCUGCAUGAAUGAGCUUCGCUUGAAGCUCGAUACAACCCUUAUAACAAUUGUAGCAGUAGGUGUUUUAUGGAACUUGUCAAUUUUGCGUAACGAACCGGAGAUUGCAGGUCCAGAUGGAAUCCAAGUUCCAGGUGACCAACUUCCUCCUCCAGGCAUGGCUAAUGUGGCUGGUCACCUCAGAAGACAACGGAUCAUUCAAGAUAAUUUUGUCUAAUAUCUCCAUCUUGACCUUUUGCUGUUCCUCGAGGUAACCAAGUUUGAUCCUCUGUUCGUCUUCAAGGAACUUCAUUCUCUGACGAUGUUC